GCAAAGCAAAAACGGCUAAACUAAAGUUUAGUACUGUGUGAAUUAAAACGAGAAGCCGAGCGGCUGCGGAAUGUGUGUUCAGCGUUAAGCUAACCAUGCUAAGCUAAGUGCGCUACCCUUGAGAUAACUUCUUUUUGGAAUGAUACGUGAUUUUUAAAAAGCUCCUGCGGACAUGGCGGCGGGGUCAGGAGCCUCUUCUGGCGCAUUUCUGGACUCGACUCUGGACAAGAAGUUUCGAAAUGUCACAAACACGAUGGACUCCAUUCAGGGACUAUCAACGUGGUGCAUAGAAAACAAGAAGUACCACAGCCUCAUUGUGCGAUACUGGAUGAAGUGUUUAAAGAAAGCUGACACCUCCCACAGGCUCAAUCUGUUGUACGUCGCCAAUGAUGUCAUUCAAAACUGCAAAAGGAGAAACGCCAUCGUUUACCGGACGGCGUUUGCUGAAGUGCUACCAGACGCCUUCUUACUGGUCAACAGUGAGGGCGACUUCAAUAUGAUCAAAUCAGUGGAGAGGAUUCUGUCCAUCUGGGAGGAGAGGGGUGUGUAUUCAGGGAUGCUCAUUACUGAGCUUAGGAACACUUUAGCUAAAGAAGAGUCCCCUCCUGAGACACCCAUGGAGCAGAGAACUCCAGUUGAGUCUAAAGCAGAUCUGCGGUCCAAGAUUGUGGCUGAGUUUGUGCCGCAGGCGUUUUUGGAACAACUGUCCAAGUACAAGAGAUCUCUGGAGGAGGUUGAUCUCAGAGAGAAACAGCUGGCUGCUAUGAGGGUUGACAUCUUCAGUUCGGAUGCUCUCAAGAAGCUCAAAGAUAAAGCAGGAGGGAAGAAGUUCUCCAGGGACUUCGAGGAGGGAAGCGCUCAGCUGCAGGAGUUUGUAAAGUUCUUUGAGCAACAAUCCAAAACGGGCCCCCAACUCCUGGAGGCGCUCAGCAAUGCAGAUAUCUUUUACGAAAUGCAGUACAAAGAGGUCAAAAUUGUUGCAAACGCUUACCAAACGUUUGCAAACCGGGUGUCCCACCUCAAACGUAAGCUGGACGCCCUGAAAGCCACCUUACCGGACCUGGACGAGUCACCCAUCCCCUCGCCUUCUGCAGACGCACCUUCUCCAACCGGCUCCGAGUCCCCUUUUCACGAUAUGGAGCUGGCCCAUCCCGAUCCAGAACUGGACGGUUCUGCUAUGGAUGAUGAUACAGAACCACCAGCCCCAAGCCCCCUGUCCUCCCCAGGAGGAUCACCUAAACCGGCAGACGCUCUUGGAGUAAAUGACAAUCGUGAAGUGGAGGACAUGGAGCUCUCUGACGAGGAAACGGACAGCGGCGGUAUCAUAGUCGAGGAGUCGGUCGAACCCGUUCACGAACCAGAGGAGCCCACUCCAGUUCCUGCAACAACUGAACCAUUACUAGCGACAGAGCCAGUUGUCCCUCAGGUCGCCCCUUGUGCAGCUCUUCCUGCAGCCGCCAUAGAGAAUGUUGACAUGGACAAAAUUAGCUCCAUCCUCAGCAGCAUCAACCCAGUCGUGAAGAACACGGGGCUUGUGAUGGAGAGUCCUCCUACAGCUUCACCCAUUAUUUGCUCUGAGAAGCCCAAACCUGCUGCUCCUUUGGCCCUACAUGAUGCCAGUUCUUUAAUUAGCCUCCUCUCCAAGGUGGAUAUGAGUCCUGCUGACCUCCUCAGUGCUCUGUCCAAAGUUCAGGGACACAGCAGCGUUAAAGGCGUCACUUCUAGCCAGUCACCUGAUGUGGUCCCAGAUGCCCCCACUGCAGACAACACUACCCCCUCUCCCUUAUCCACAUCUUCAUCAGAAGCUCCCUCUCGGAGCAUGUCUCCCUCCCUUGUAGCACCUGUGCCUUCAUCAAACCCAGCUGUACAGCAGAGCUCGGGGACUCCAGCCGCUCCCGAAACUUCCAACAAAGCUUCUGCCCUGGUCCAAGCUCUUCAUAGGGACAUGGACAUGGACCUGGCUACAGAACCAGAACCAUCUUAUUCCUCUGUUAGUUUAGAGUCUAAAAUCCACAACUUUCUGCACGGAAACCCAGCCUUCAGUUCACCUGACUUGAAUUUUUCUGCAAACCCAGCGCCAGAACGGAGUAAUUUUAGCCCAGUAGCUGGCGCAGACAACCAAGAUGGGACCCCAGUUAGGGACGAAGGAGGAGGGACCCCAACUCAAGACGAGAUCAUGGACAAGCCAGUGGUCCCGUUAACGCCCAGCACAAACCAGUUAACUGUUGGUGAAACUGUCAAAGCAGCUUCUGGGUUAUUUGAGAACAGCGCGCAGCCGAUUCCUAACAGUCCCCCUCGUCAAGCUCACUCGCUGCCAAGUGUGUCUCAGAACGGGCAGGUCUUCCACUCGUUCCCGUACGGCAAACAGGAUUUAUCGGAGGGUGGGGUUACGGCACCUGUUGCACAUUACCCUGUGCAGACAGGGGGGCCUGUAUCUAGAGACAGAGCUGCAGGCAGUGCCAGUGGCGCACAGACAGUUGAGAGCUUUAAAGAAGGAAAUGAACAGAGUUGGUUUGGUGAUGGUUACCCGAGGGGGAGCUCUCAGCAGCCCGGCGGCUACAACGUGUUAGCGCCUGGAGGGGCUGGAGAAAACAACACAUCAGGACUUUAUCCAUACCAAACAGAGCAAAUGCAGGAACCACAAGAGUUAGUCUCCCAGCAGGGGCCCACUGCAACCUCCUUCUUUAAAAAUGCCCUUCCUCCUGUCCCAAAGUUACCACCCCCUCCAUCUGCUUUUGAUUUUCCUUUGCCCUCGGCCGGUGGUAUGAUGAACCCCCCAGAGCAGGAGCCUAUGCCCAGCACGAAUGUAGAGGGGGUGUUUGGGAACACUGGGGACAGCAUCAUCAGUGGGAUGGUAGUUUAUGACCAUCAGCACACGCUGCAUCCUGACGAUUCAUUCCAUGACCCACAACGCCCCCACCCAAACGAACUGCGGUACCAGGAGGACCUAGGGCGUUACCAUGACGAGCCCAGACAGCGCGAUGCCCAGUUCCCUUACGACGAUCCCCACUACCCCCCAGACGAUCCAUAUUUCAGACCAGUAAGUCCUCCACACCCGUACCCAAGAGUCCGAGGGCGUCUCAGUCCCCCGCCCUCGGGGGACCAGCUCUUCGCCCGCGACUAUCAGCGGCACAGCCUUCCUCCUCCUCGUCCUCCUAACUACGCACCGAGGCGACCACCGCCUCCUCGUGAAAUCCGUCAUCCUGGUCCGCGGCCUCCACAUCGCCCCCCUCAUCCGGCACUCCUCCCACACCCCAGAGGACCACCUCGUGCUCCUUUCUCUCAUUUCCAUGGUCCUGAACUGAGGUUCAGAGGCAAGCGGCCAGGUCCAAGAAUAAGGGGUCCGAUGUUUCCUCCGAAAAGACCCUUUCUGCCACCGCGGUACUGACAGAACGCUCUUAAAUCCCCUGCCAGACGGUGGCCCCACCAGCAGCCCCGUGAAGCCUCUGGGUGGGCAUCAGAGGACAGUCCAACAAGAAUACCUGAAGGAGACGCGUACCGGAAGUGAGCAGAAAACACGGAGGCUCCGAGACGACUGCCGAGCUGAAGAGAGAAGACAGAAGAUUAAAGAAAAUCAAAGGUGGAUAUAUAUACAUAUAUAUAUCACUUUUUCUGUUAUUUGCUCCACUAAUGAAGCGUUGCAUUGAAUAUUAAAAUAUGUUACGGAGCAUCAGUUUAACUGAGGUCAGAGUGAGUGCACGCAGUCUAAUGUACGUUAAAUAUUCGCAGACCUUUCCUCUUUUUUUUUUUUUUCCUUCUUUUCCA